CGAGUUUUUGGAUAAGCGCGGAACUUCUCUGACGUAUUUCCGGGCCGCCGGGCCCAGGGAAGCUGUGGUAGCUGCCGGGAACCCGCAGGCCGCGAAAAUGGUGGUUACCAGGGCUGCCCAUUCUCGGGCCCGAAUGCAAAUCGCUUCGGCCGACAGCCCCCAGCAGAAGAGUUCUGCUGCUGAAGGAAUUCAAGCACAUCCAGAAAGCAAGAAGGAAUCUGGACCUGAUAACCAAAGUACAGCUGAAUCACAGACUGCUGGGAAACAAAGUUCAAUCUCUAGAACUCCUAAAACAGAAAAGAGGAAGAACAGGACUACAGGCUCGUUAGCAGAGAUAACUGAACCAUCCAUUGAUGGAGAGUUCUCUGAUGCAGAGUCAAAUUGUGCUGAGAUGCAGGCGCCUAUUGUAAGAAUAACUAGGAGAAGGCAGAUCAUAAUUGCACCUACUCCAGUGUCCACUGUAAGAAAAAAGCAGAAAAUAAUUCCACUAAAUGAGUCUGUUGCUGAAGAAGUUGUCUCUGAAGCAGAAUCUCAUGCUUCAGGUAUUUCUAGAAUUGUGCCUUCCCCAGAAAUGACCAGAACCAGAAGUAAGGCUAAAGCGCUAACAUGUCAAAGCCAAGAAUCACAUGCCGAAGCCAUAUCUGAUGCUGAAUCAUGCUCUGACAUUUCAUUCCCUGAAAUUACACAUAAGAGAACAACCAAGAUUAUGCCAAGGAAAUCACAGGCACAAACUGAGAAUAAAUAUACUAAGAUUGUACCAGAAAAUGAAAAGCAAAUCGUGGAUAUCUCUAUGAAGUCAGAGGAUUCUGAUACCAGACAGACCUCUCAGAGUUUGGAUGGAGAGGAAAACAGAGUAACAGAUGAGGGAAAGGAAAAUGAUGAAAGUUCUCAGUUGAAAUGUCUUUCUAAACUUAAGGACCCUAGCCUUCAAUUAGUUUCUCAAAAUCAUUCAACCCCUCAAAAUAAUAAAACCACAUCAGAGCCCUCAAAUCUGAACAGUGAAGCUGUAAUGAAAUCAUUAGCUCAAACAUUUGCAGUUGUAGAAGUGAACAGAUGGAAUGAAGAGACAAAAAGCACCGUAAAAAUAAGUGACUUGACAAAGUUCAAUAGUCAUCAUGGUAAUGAUGAUGAAGAGUCCACAAAUAAAGUUGUCAGUGGGGACAACAGUGAAAGGAGUGUAGAUCUUGAAUGUGAUAUCAGACUAAACAAAUCUGAGCUCAGCCACUCUCAGGAUAUGGAUGAUUCUGUCUUACUAGUUCUCAGCAGUGAUGAAAGCCAGCAAUCUGAAAGCAGUGAAAGUGAAGAGGACACUGUGUGUUUUUUUGAAAAUAGUGGUCAAAAGGAAUCAUUAAAUGGAAACUCAGAAAAUACAUCUCAGGACAAUGCAUUCUUUGUAAUUGACACAACUCCUGGAUUGAAUGCUGAUAAAAAUUUUUACUUGGAAGAUAAGGCAAGUGAGGUUUCCACUGAGGAAGAAAAAGAAGAGGAGGAGGAUGAAAAUAGUGAAGAAGAACCAUCAGACAGUGACAGAAGUGAUGGUUGGUUUGGAAUGAAAGCUCCAGAAUUGACUGAUGAACUUAAAAAUGAUCUCAAAGCUCUGAAGAUGAGAGCAAGCAUGGACCCAAAAAGAUUUUACAAGAAAAAUGACCGAGAUGGCUUUCCUAAGUACUUCCAGAUUGGAACUGUUGUUGACAAUCCAGCUGAUUUCUACCAUUCACGAAUUCCCAAGAAGCAAAGGAAAAGGACUAUUGUGGAAGAACUGCUGGCUGAUUCUGAGUUCAGAAGAUAUAACCGAAGGAAGUACUCAGAGAUCAUGGCUGAAAAAGCAGCAAAUGCAGCAGGAAAAAAGUUCAGAAAGAAGAAGAAAUUUCGCAAUUAAUAUUCACCAAGCAAAUUCCAUUAUUUUACAUCUUCCCUUUUUUUAUUUGUAAAAGAGGUUUAGAAGACUUAACACCAUCACAAAUUUAAUAUAGACUGACUGUUUAUAUAGGGAUUUCUGUUUGGAAAUAAAAUUGACAGGGAAUCAAUCACAUGUCCUUUGGAAUAAAAAUAAGCACAUCUACAAAAGACCUGUUCUGGCUUAGACUAUUUAAGGGGAAAAGAACGUCAGCCAUUUUAAGAUAAUAUUUUUAUUAGGUUUUCAGUGCUUGGUUAUUUAAGGAAAAUUUAAUUAAAAGUUAUAGCAUUUGCUAAUAUGUUCAAAGAACAUCUUUUAAUGAUUGUAUAAAUAAUACCUUAGUUACUGUGUAGUUUUAUAUAUAUAUGUCUGUAUGUGUGUGUAUAUGUACAGGGGAGUUGACAGACAGGCCAUGCCCUAUAAUUAGCUGCAAAUUCAGAUCCAGAAACAGGAGGAAAAUUGAUCUUAACCUAUAUUCAUUGUUUUGUUU